AUGAUCACGAUCUCGGCACGUGAACUUGGCAUUGUGCGUGCCAGUACUCAUCGAUUCAGGAUAUUAUCGACUGAAGAAAAUACGACUACGGCAACACCAAACUCGACAGGACUGUCCGAGACGUACAAAAGUGGAUGGACAGGAGUUGAAACAAUAAAGGAAGGGAGCGGGAAUUGUUGUUCAGAAAUGGGUACUGAGAUUCUUCCCGAAGUGUGCUUCUCACCGGCGCCGUCCAGCUUCGACCGACCAUUCCGUAUUCACGUACAAGACCGUACUUUCCUCAUCGACGCCGAGAGUAUGCGGAAGAUCUCACCGGUGUUCUCGGUGAUGUGCUACGGGAAAGAUUUUGAAGGUGGACGGGAACUGUCACGAGAAAUUGUUGACGAGAAAUGUGGCGACAUUGAUGUGUUCCUUAGAGCUGUGCAUGACAAUAGCGUGAUUAAUGCCUCCAACUUCCCUCUAAUCCUUCGUCUUUCACACAAAUAUCAAGUGUUGCCUGUUAUCAGCGCCUGCCAAGACUUCAUCAAGCGCACAAAUCUCUAUGUCCUUAGCGCUGACGAAAUCCUUACUUUGCUCAUGGCUGCUUACGAUUUUCAUUGUGAACGUGAGGUGCUUGUCUUGCUUAUUCGAAGAUUGGCAAUAGAAGGGAACGGGGUGUUUUCUCGAUUGAAAAUCAGCAGAUUCUUGCCAGCACAGAUCUAUGGAGCAGUAAUUUCCGCAUCUAUGAAUUUGAAUCAGUUGCGAGAAUGUGAAAGUAUGAAUGGUCAUUGUCUGAAAAUGGAGAGAUCGAAAAUCCGGUGGCGCAACUCCGUUUGUGAACAGUGUAAGGCGAUUUGUGAUCAGUGUGCCACCUGCGAUGAAUGUAAAAAGAGUCUCUGCAAGCGACACGUGAUCGAGCAGCAGUGCACAACAAACUACGGCAGAACGCUCGUAGCUGAGCUGAAGGAGCAUAUCGUCGAAUUGGAAUGGAACGAUUAA